UCUGGGACUGCCCCUUUGUCAGUUGAGUUUCAAAAAUUUAGGAAUAAAAGAAAUAUCUAAGAAGUGAAUUAAAAUGAGUGGAGCUGUUGAGAAAAUUCAGAGGAUGAUUUCACAGUUAGAAGAAGAGAUUGUUCAUCACAAAUGUGAGGUUGGGAAGAGGGAGAAGGAGCUGUUGAUGGUGGAGAAAUCCAUUGCUCAGGUGAAGAUGCUGCAGGAGAAGGCGCUUCAUGUGAUUAAAUGUAAUGAAGUUAAAUUUCGAGAGUGUGAGGGACGAGUGGAGAUGAUGAAGGGGAAGUUUGGGAGAUUGGGGGUGACGGAGACUGAGGAUGUGCAGGGGAAUCUCACUGAUGAGCUGCUCCGGAAGAUUGAUUGAUUACCACUGAGCCAACGAAUUUGUCUACAUGGG